AUGGAGUGGCUGUUUGUUACGCCCUGGGAUCCCAAUUUUCUGAUAAGUUGUUGGCAGACGAGAGUGCGUCCUGAUUUCCGUCCAAAUGCGUUGAAUGAUUAUGUUCCUUUUGUCUUGCGCCGUAACGACUACCCGGACUUCCGCCAUAUGGAGAUCUCGGCCUAUUUCAAUCAGCCGGAUUUGUACCCGCAGGGCUCGCUAUGGACGAGUGAGAUGGUCCGACACAUGCUGCCGGAGACGGAGAAGCCCCGCGUGCGCCGAGACCCAUUCCUGUAUUUCUAUGUGCCGUACAUGUGUCCGUACCGGCACAACUGUCCGAACAUCUUUUGCGUCUUGGCACAUACGACUGCGGAGUGCAGCUGUCACCCGUUGUUGUACAAGACGCAGCCAUGCGACCCGCGGAAGGCGCGGCACACAGAUCCCGACCGGGACUCGGAGGGGUCUCCGACACGUCGCGGAAAGGGCAAGGGCCACCCUAGCGCUACGGGCGACGAGGCGGUCGACGCCUGCACCUACCUGCACGACAUGGACGACCGGAGCCUGUUCGGAAACUGGUGCUAUUUGUGGGAGUUGCACUGGCUUGGAUGGCGCCGAUUCGGCCCGACACUGUACCGCUACCUAUGCGAGAUGGACCCGAGUCGCCGAUUCCCUUUCUCACUGCGCGACCUCGUGUACACCAUGCUGCAGACCUACGGCCCUUUCAUGUCACCGCACCAGCGCGACCAUGUGACCAUUCUAUACGGCGACCUCAAGACUUACGCGCGUGACCCGGGCCGGCCGAAGUGUCCAUUCGAGACACGGAUCAACAAUCAGCCAUUGAACCCGCUUAAUCUGGACGACGCGCUCCUGAGUCAGUUGGACGUAUUCCGAGACACCUUCAAGGAGUACGUCAUCCCUCAAGGGUUUUCCUACGCUACGCCUGUCGACCUUCUCGGCGCCGAGCUAGCCGGUAGCGCACCCCUCAUGUCCGCCUCGGCGGCCCCCAUACCCACAGUGUCCGUGGCUAAUACGGGGGCGAUGUCUAACGCCAUGGGAAUGAGUAGCUCUGCCCCCAUGCUGGACAGCUUCGUGCCGCCGCCUCCGCCGCCGCCGCCGCCACCCAGUUCCUUUCCGCUGAUCAUCUUGAUGGAGGAAAAUGCGCGUCUGUGCUGGCUCUUCCAGCGGCAAAUCUUGAGCCGCUUUAAGGAGAACAUCCCUCUCCUCGACCGCCGGACCAACAACUUAAUCGCGGCGCCGCAACUCGUCCUCGGUGCCGGCGUCCUGCACGACCCGGCGCUGCACUACAAGCUGCCCACGCGUCUCCGCAACGCCGGCUUCCGGGCGGGCGGACCGGGUGGAGACCGAGGCGCCGCCCAG